AUGGACGCGUCGGGGCAGCUACUACCGGAGGCAGUCGACUUGGGGCUCGACGGCGAGGCAGUGCCUAACGACAACGACAUCGAACAGCUCUUCCGCGAGCGCAAAACCAAGCAUGCCGACGACGCUAUCGAUUAUGAGGAUAUCGACGAAUUGGCGGACGACGAGCUCCCCGAGGAGACGGAGCCGACCACUAAGACGGCCGACGAUGAUUUUUUCAAUGAAUUAUUAGGGGAUGACGAACAACAGCAGCAGCAAAAGGCCGACGACAGCUUUAACGAUAUCUUUGGCGAUGGCGGCGACGACGAUCUCCAACGGGAUAAACAAGCUCGGUUCGACGACCACAACAAUUUAAACGCAUUGGAUACCCACCACGAUAUGAUGUUUGACGACGACGGCCUUGGCCAGUUAGUUGGUGAACUGUUUAUGGAUGACGGGGAGGUGUUUGACGCUCGUCCGGUGAAGAGAGGUCCGCAGACGGAGAUUGCCAGGGAAGAGAAACGGCAGAAGUUGGCCCUGGUGGUGGCGAAGCUUGAGAAGUACCAGGUGAAACGUAACCUACGGUACCACUUCCCCACGUUCUCACCCAAUAAACCGUAUAAUUUCCACUUAUUCUUCCUUCCAAAGCCUCAAUACUACCGCUACCAAACCCCAGCCAUUGCUACCAGGGAACAAGUGAAGCCGUUAGUGCCGACUAAGCUCCAAUUUGAGAUAAACGUCGACCAACGGAAAAUCUUCAAAUCACGCAAACUCCGGUCUCCCGCCCCGCCUAAUGUCACCAAUAUCACCGAGGCCGACCUCCAGCUCAUUGAGGAUGUCCAGCGCAAGCGCCAGGACAAACUGCAAUUCAUUAAAAGCAUCGACUUCUUGCUGGGAGACUGGUGUGAAAACGACCGCUUUGGCGACUACAGCAAGGAGCUUAUCCUUGCCACUACUGACUGGGACGACGAGCGCAUUUAUGAAGGGGCACCGGCAGCCUCAAGCACGACUGUGGAUAACAAUUUGAUGGACAUCCGCCUCGACCAGGACGCGGAGAUGAUCGACGACGAAAGCAUUUUCCUGGGCCAGAUCGCCGAUAAGGUGGUCAACUUGGACAUGAAUGACCCUAACCUUAUUUUCAUCCCCACUAAGGACCGUCCUGCGGCUCCUAAACCCCCUACUCUGCAACAGCAACUGCUGGCGCUGGACCAGCUGUUGAUCCAACGAUUCAACUUCCUGAACGACAAGGCCUACGAACGGUUGAAGGAAAACUACAUCACCAAGGUGCGUUCGCAACUUUCCAACUUGAAUAUCGAGCACCUGGUACCGGCACUCCGUCUCCAAUCGCCGUAUUAUAAGGUUAAAUUGACUAAAGAAGAGGCGCGUAACUUCCACCGCAACCGGCUUGUCAUCCGUCCCGGUACCCUCGUGCUGUUCUCAAAGCUUCGUGUGCGUAAGAAGAAGAAGGAUAAGGGCAAGACGUUCCAGGAAAUCUUUGCUCGUACCUCCGAUCUCACUGCUGCCGAUAACUGUCAGUUGGUGGCGAUGGAGUACCUGGAAGAGUACCCUCACAUUUUGCUGAACUUCGGGAUGGGGUCGAAGAUCAUCAACUACUACCGCAAAGAGCUGCCUGACGAUACGCUGCGGCCAAAGCUUCAAAUCGGGGAAACUCACGUGCUUGGCCCUGAAGAUCGACUGCCGUUUUGGAACUUCGGUGAGGUGGGACCGGGUGACUUUGUCCCGGCAUUGUACAACAACAUGGUGCGGGCGCCGAUCUACCGUCACACUCCCCGCAACACCGACUUUUUAUUCAUCCGUCUGAGUGGUAAUGGCCUGCAUCAACGCUACUUUUUGCGGACGAUAAACUAUAACUAUGCCCUCGGUAACUCGUUCCCGGCGGUGGAGAUCCCCGCACCUCAUUCACGUAAGGUGACUAAUACCCUGAAGAACCGCCUCAAGAUGAUUGUCUACCGGGUGAUGAACAAAAACGGUGUGGCCCGGGUGCUGGUGAAGGAUGUGCUGAAACAUUUUCCCGAUCAAAACGACAUGCAGAACCGACAGAGACUCAAAGAGUUUAUGGAGUACCAGCGUCAAGGUGACGACCAGCGUUACUGGAAGGUAAAGGGGCCUAAUAGCGACAUCAUCCCUCCGGAAGAUGAGAUCAGAGCGAUGAUUCUGCCCGAGGACUGUGCGUUGUUGGAUGCAAUGCAACACGGGCAGCAAGUGCUUGAAGAUACUUACGCCAUUUACGGUGGUGACGAACAUAAGAAGGCCGAAGCCAAGCGGGAGCGGGAAGAACGCAAGGAGAAGAAGAGACGCGAAGAAGAAAGAGCUAAUGAUCCCGAAGGGCCUGAAGAUAUGGAUGAUGACGAUUUGCUGAAGAAGAAGCGCAAACCCAGAGACCCUGACGCCGAAAUCGACUUAGAUGAAGAACUUACACCGUGGUCACUUACCAGAAACUUUGUCACUGCCAACCAACUGAAACUGAUGCUUCAGCUUAUUGGUGAGGGCGAUCCUACCGGUAUUGGUAUCGGGUUCUCGUUUAUGAGAGCAACGCAACGGCAACCGUUCCAUCCUCUCCACCCGCCUCCUAAGGAGCUGGUACCGAAAAAUAACACCGCUGCCUAUCAACAAAAGCUCUACGAAGCCGAAAUCAAACGGAUCUGGUACACUCAGCGGAAACUGCUUGUCGACCAUGGUGACCACAAUUUCAACCUCAGCAAAGAAAUUUACACCGAUUACCCGCCAGUGUCUCACACUAAGGUGGUGCACCAAAUGACCCGUGACGAGAAGAUGAUGGGCAAAGUGCUUAGAAUCACCCGUCGGGUCAGAGACGAAAACGGUAUUGUUCAGCGUAAGAUUGAGACCAUCACCGACCCUCGGGUCAUCCGCGCCUACAUUCGCCGACGCAAGCAAAUUGAUUACGAGCUGUUGAAGAACGCUGACUUAGGCGAAAUUCGUCCCGGCACUAACGAAGAGAUGAACGAGAUCAAGAAGCAAGCGCUUAAGGAAAAGAUCGCGCUGCUUGAGAAACGGGCCAAGAUGAAGAAAACCGGUGCGGCUAACCGGGAAGCGGCGGCUGCAGCGCAAAGCGCCUCUGGUAGUACGGCUCCAGGGCUGACGCCGGGGCUGGUGCCGCCGAUGGUAGCAUCGCCCAGUGCAUCUGGCAGCAACGUCGCAUCGCUGCCGGCACCGCAGGCUCCUCCCAAAUCGGGCAAAGGCAUCGGUAAAGGGAAGCUGAAGGCGCGGCGGUGCACGCUGUGUGGCGAAUUUGGCCACAUCAAGACGAAGAAGACCUGUCCCAACUUCUUUAAAAACGACCCUGACGCCAACGUCCCCGAAGUGUUUGGCCCCGGGCUGAGUCUUGUCGGUGGAGCCGACGACUCGCUGAAGGCGGCCACCGAGAUCAAGGCCGCCUUUGCGUUGACGAACCAAGUGGAGGACGACUAUGGCACCCCCGCCGACACUCCUCAAUAA